AUGCGCAUGCAGCACGUCGUGCUCAUUAAUAACUGCAAAGAAACUCUUCACGAAUUUGCUAUUCUCAAAGACGUACUCAAAGAUGGAGUCAUUAUAUUCAAAACAAUCGUUACUAUAACCAUCCAUGAAAAUAAUAGCAAUUAUGCCCCGUCUCGCGAGGUCUUCGCCUUUGAUGUCAAUAGAAAGAACCGACGAUCUUUUGUGGGGGACAUUGAGAGUGUCGAUCAUCAUUGCGAUUACCGAAACAUUAUCUGCACAGAUAGAUGA